AUUUGUUUCAAUUAAACUUUCUCACAUUAAUAUUUCGUAAAAUUAUUUUAGCUGUAAUUUACAUGUCCGUAGUGUUUGUUGUUGGCCAGGCGCAGGAAGUAGGCAAAAUACCCAAGGCUAUUUUGCAGAAUAAUGUCGACUAGAAAGGAUGGUUGCAGCUGCAUCAAAACUCUGAGCAAGUUAAAUCAACACUAUCUGGCAGUAACAUACUCAAGUACGACAGCUACAACCAAUGUAUGUCAAUCAACGGCGGUUUGUCCUUCAAGCGUGAGAGUAACUCGUGCACUUGUGCAAGUGAUGGCGCUAUAGCAUGCACUAAAAUGGCAUGCGUAAAGCCAAAUUUGAACAGCUCCAUUACUGUCAAGCUGACCAGUACUAGCAUAGAUAAGGAUGAAGGCUAUGAGAAAUGCGUUCGCGAUAAUGGUGGUGCGUCUUUCAAGCAAGAUUGCAACUGUUGUUUCUGUGGAAAAGGCGGAGCUAUUGGGUGCACAAUGAUGUUAUGUCUUUUGCCAAUCUAAUUUUUCACAAUUAAGCACAUACUAUGGAUAAUCAAAUUCCUAAGCGCUCAUGUCGGUAUUUUUAUUUAUGCUUGACAAAUAUUGUGCACGCGCAUGCAGUAAUGGUUA